GGAGAGGUUUGCUUUAGAGGUCUCUGAUGCCUAUAUCAAGAAGGCAUUGGGUAAAAAAUGGAGAGACCAUAAAAGUAUUUUGAAAAAAGAAUAUUUUAAAAAACCCAUAAGCCUCGAAGAAAAAUUGCAAAAUGUCCCACCGGGAAUGCUGAGGUACCAAUGGGAAGAUGCGGUUCGAUUUUGGAAUUCGAAGAAAGGAGAGGACCGUGAGCGAGUUGGAACAAGCAGCAGGCAAAAACAAAAAUUUACGCACACGGCAGGAUCGAGAAGUUUUGCUUGUGUAGCUCAGGCCGCGGAAGCCUCGUCUGGUCAAAAAGUUGGACGCCUUCAGCUUUUUGACAUUACAUAUGUGAAAAAGAUGGAACUCCGAUGACAUCUGAGGCUGCAGAAAUUAUGGAGAAACUAAAAGAUAAGAAGGCAGAGUAUGAAGCGACUGCUUCGACUGAUAGUUCUGUUAAUUUUGAGGAUAUUGAUAACAGAAUUAUUAAUGAACUUUUGGGUCCUGAAAGGUAUGGUCAGGUUAGAUUUCAAGGAUCUGGUCUUAACCCGACCCAAUAUUUUGGAUCCGCCUCGCACCAAUACAUGCCUUCCGAGAGUCAAAGUCAAGCUGAAGUUCAGAGGCUAAAAGAUCAGAUAGUUCAGAUACAAGCUAGCACAGAUGAGCAAAUUUCUCAACUUAGAGCGGAGACAGCAGCGCGGGAGGCGGAGGCAGCAGUGAGGGAGGCGGAGCAGAACAAAAAAUACAAUGAACUCCAGCUACAGCUUCAGUCUAUGAUGACUAUGUUCCAGCAAUUUCAAAAUCCCCCAUCUUAGACAUUUGUUUUCUUGUAACUUUUAACAUUAUUGUAAGAAUAUUUUGAAUAUUCAUUUACAAUUUAUAUAAUAUAUUUUUUGUAUAAU